AUGAAAUUGAACCACCUGGCCCUUCCUAUCCCUUAUCCCUAUGUAAAGUAUGAGACCCCACAUGAAAUUUAAUUGUCUGGUCCUUCGAAAAUUCUUUGUACACAGUCAUCGGGACGCGGGGGCACGGGGGGGAGAGGGUGAGGGGGGUAGUGUAUAAAUAUAUGACAUUCCAAUAGAAAUUUCUUAUUCUUAGCUUAAUGUUUUUGGUUGGUUAAGUUAGUGACUAGUAGUAGUAAUUAACUAAGAUGUUGGAGCAACAUGAAGAAGUUGAGUUGGGUGAAAUGGAGUUGGAAAUUAAUAGUAACAUGGUUAAUCCUUCGAUAAGUUCACCUGCUUCAACUUGUUGGCAAAUUCAGCAGGUAUGGGAGCCUGAUGAUAUGCUCCAUUUUGAUUGUUCUCCAAUGGAGUACUUCCCUCUCUGGACUCACUCUUGGAGUCCUCCUCCUUGUCAUCAUCCUCAUCAUCAUGAUCAUCAUCAAGAAUCUGCAAGAAUGGAAAGGGCAAAAUCUAAAGCUCAUUUUGAACGGCUACUAGAUGAAGCUAUCGACAAAGCGGCGGAAGAAUUUUUAAGGAAAUUUUGGAAGGAACUUAGAGAGCAAAAAAAUAUCAUUGAUGUGAGGUUUGAAGAAAAGGCAUAUACUGCUGGUACGAGUCAGGUGUCUCUGUCAAUGCUGAGUAUGGAGACAAAAUCUGAAAAUCCUGGCUGCCGCAAACCAGUGCAAAUAGUAGAUGAAAGCCCGAAAUUCCAGUGUAUGCAGUUAGAUGCAAAAUCUCCAGCAGAAGAGUCUCCACUUCAUAUUGUACCAAGUCGGGGAGAUUGUGCACUGCCUGUUCCAUUUCAACAACGAUCCAUCACAGAACAUGUAAACCUGAAGAGGAAAGUCGAUACUGGUCCUUCAGGUCAGGACAUUACCAUCUUUGAAUUAUGCAACAAGCAGAAAAUGAACAAGAAAUACAAAAAGACUUGGAGAAUUGGUGAUUCAGUUAGUUUAGAGGAUCUUAAAGAGCUGUUUGGCAAGAAACGUGAAGACGCUGCAGAAAGCCUUAACGUUAGUAUCUCCACAUUUAAGCGAAUUUGUCGGGAACAUGGAAUCUCCCGGUGGCCGUCUUCCAAAAUAAAGAGAGAAAGACUUUUACUCUCCAGUUUAAGCUGCAAUGGAACUGACCGAGUAGCUGCUAACACACAAAUGCGUAUAACCAAAGGCCUAACUGCAUUGGCAUCAACCUUUUCAGUCAAAUGCAAUCAGCAGAAAUCACGGAGUUCGAAUUUAUCAGUAAAUGAUGAAAAUGGUACAUCAUCAAAUGGCAAUCUUCUAGAAAAGAAUGAAAACAGUGACAGGGAAAACAUUAUGAUUCAAGUGGAAGACUCAGCGAAUCAAGAACUCGUGUACAUACCACAGGAAUUUGGGCCUGCCUGUGAUAGUCUCAUCCCUGAUGUUCCCACCAUACUGUCUCGGUUACCUCGAGAAAGAAUGCCAGCUGAAGAUGCUACACAAUUAAUAUCUUCUGCACCUGGCCAACAGGGGGAACGUAUUGCAAGACAAAUAGAUAUGACUAGUGAGAUUAGUCAAUUGGAGAAACAACACUUGGGAGAGGAAAGGUUCAAAUGUGAUCUCUCUGUUGAAGACUCGUCAUCAUACGAUUCCAGAAAUGUUUCAGAGCCAAUUCAGGGUCAUGCCAUCGUGGAUUCUACUCAUAUGGAAGUUCAACCUUUUCUUGAAUCAGUAUCAACUCAGCCAUUAAACUCAUUUUCCUGCCAUGAGAACACCGCAAAGAACACAAAGCUGCUUUUCAACAAUUUGAUCAUGUCAACUCUGGAAGAUCUAAUCGACCCUGAAAACGAAACUUCCAUGACUAAAGCAUUGCCCAUCCUAGCAGACAACCUCUCUUUGUUCUCCGAAGAACAAGCCGAACAAAUACUUGAACUCUCAGUCUAUUUUCCUACUCUCGUGCAUAGCUGGAGAGAAUUUUCUCGAUCCCAAACGUACAAUCAAAAGUCCUUAGCUGAAACGGGGAAAAUUAGAGAUUUGGCGGAGACAUCGGUGAAAGAUGAAGAGAGUCUUAGUAUCAGAUACGAAGAACUCGAAAGAAAGGAACAGGAACUGAUGGCACAAUUGGAAGCAGUGCAGAAAGAGAAGGCAGGGAUAGCUGAACAAAGGAGUGAAAAGUCCAAGCAGACCAAACACUUGGUUUCUUUGGCAGAAGAAAAAGCAGCUAGUAGUACCAAAGAGAAACACAUGAUAAAAAUAGCCACCACCAAGCUGAACAACGUAGUUGAUCAAUGGACUAAAAUACAAUCUUUCUUUACCUAGAUUUGCUAGUAAAACUCAAUUAGGUUCCACAAUAUUUGUUAUUUAUUUCAUAAUGUUUCAUCCUAGUAGUUGUACCAAGAAAGAACCUUUAUUCAAGGUCCACAGCUAUACAAAUGUAACACCCCGAGUCUGUACUCUGGACGCUUCAA